AAAAGAUUUUCGUAUAGCUCCCGAUCAUUAAACUAUGUCAAUUUCACCAGAUUCUACCUGGGCAGAUAUUGCAGCUGUUGGUAACACCAAGAAGGAUCUUCGUCCCAUACAUGUCUUCGAUGAGACUGAUUCUGAAUACAAGCGUGCAAGUACCAUUAUUUACAAAGAUAAAUGUCCAGAGGCUCUCAUCUUAACACAACAAGCGAUGUCCAUCGUAAAACAAAAGUUUACUGAUGGAUCUGUUUUGUUCUCUUUCCCCGCUACCGUACUCAAGCAUUGUUUCGAGGCUUACCAGGCCAUUGAAUCCCAAUGUGAUCCUUUACACGGCGUUAGACCGAUCAGUUAUUAUGGGGUUCGUUCUGACUGUAACAUGUUGCUGGAGGUUAAGUUUCUGGAUGAUGGUACCAGUAUGAAGGCUAUCACCAGUGAUUUUAAAGGUUUUCGAACGAAUUUUUCCGACAACAAUAAUCUCGUACACGUCAAGUUCUCGAUUUUAUAUAUCCCCGACCAAGAAAACGUUCUGGAAGAUUUGAUAUCAUCUCUAGCGUAUUAUGGACAAGUAUUACAAAUCAAGGAGUAUUCUUGUCGUGGUUACUUUGAGGGUCAGAUGUCCGUCAUUCUGAACACUGUGGUAGGCUACACGGAUGAAGAUGAUGAACAUUACGCUAGUGUACCUUUGUCAAACAACUUGUAUCUAUCCGAGUGGGACUAUUUUGCUACUGCAACAUUUAAAGGUGCUCCUUCUGUGUGUCAUUGGUGCCAUGUUGCUAGUCAUAUUCGUUCCAAAUGCCCGGAAUUAGCGAAGACCAAAUGUUUUGUAUGUCAUAGUAAUGGUCACACAGCCAAGUUUUGUAAGAGUGGAAAACAUAUUGACUUGGAUUCAACUGAUUGUCUUGAUGCCACUAUUUUGUCCGACUCAGACACUGAUAUUUCUGAUGUAUCUACAUCGCCCAAGAUUGCGUCCCGUGGUUCCGAGGAUUCCAACUUUGCAACUACAGUUGCUAGUGUGUAUGGAGAGGUGGACCAUGUAAUGGAUACCACGACUCUUUCUUCGUCAAACCCAGAAUUGGUUGGUAGAACUCGUGGGACCGAUAAAGGUCUUAGUCCCCAACGUUCUGCUUUAGGUAAACAUCCUACCUCUAAACUGAGCGUGAAAGGGACGUUUCCCAAAUUGGUGGCUCGAACACCCCCUACUCUAAAAGGUAAUAAUUUGUUUACGAAGACUAAGGUUGUUAAAAAAUAACGAUUUUAAUUUCCCCUUUCGUUUUACGUAUAAUUCACUUAUUGCUAAAUAAACUUACUCUUCAU